AUAUAGGCCUACUACAUCCAUAUUGUUUGAUCAGAAGCAAGACUUGGAUCGUUCUUUAAAUACAAUGGAUCAGCAACAAUUAUCAUUUCAACAACAAAGCCAGAGCCCCUGGGAACCGUUUCCUGGGUCUUACGACUCCCCCGCCUUCCAACGGCGAAUGCAGCCAGAGUCCUUCUCAACGCAGACUUCUGAAGAUUACGCUUCCUUAAAGGCGGCGUGCCUCAGAGACGGCCGUCUGUACGAGGAUCCGGAUUUCGGGGCAGAAAGUAGCACUAUCGGUCCCGAAUACACUAUAAGCAGACCUUAUGCCUGGAAAAGGCCAAAGGAACUUGUAUCAGACCCAAAGUUUCUGGUAGCAGGUGCCAGCCGCUUUGAUAUCGCGCAGGGAGACUACAUAGGUGAUUGCUGGUUUGUAGCGUCAGCGGCUCUGUUGGCGACCAAGCCGGAGUUAUUUGAAAGAGUGGUGCCUCCGGAACAGACAUUUGAAGAUGGAGAUUAUGCAG